CGGCGGCGGCGGCGGCGUCCUGGGCGGGGAUGGCCACGCCCGGAGCCCCCGCCCGGACACCUUCUUCCCGCGGGGUUGGCCUGGCGGCGGGGAGGGGUCCGGGGCCGGCUCCCCUUUUCUUCCCCCGCUGGCUCCCGGGCGCGCAGAGCUGAGCCGCGCCGCCGGGCGCCAUGGAGACGUCGGCCUGGGCGCUGCGCUGCUCGAGGGCCUUUUGGCGGCGCGUCUCCGGCCCGCAGGAGCAGCGGCUGCUGGAGGGGAUGAGCUACGGGAUGGUGGGCAGCAUGGCGCUGGCCAUGCUGGCCACCCGCUACCUGAAGAUCCCCUACGGGCGCUACGCCUCGUCCGCCUACGGGCCGCCCAUCCCGGCCAAGGUGGCCUGGGCGCUGCAGGAGGCGCCCGCCUUGCUCGUGCCGAUGGGGCUGGUCUGGGGCAGCGACGGCGCCCGGCUCGGCUUCUGGCCCAACCGCUUCCUCCUGGCCCUCUUCGGCAUCCAUUACACGUACAGGGCAUUCAUCUUUCCUUUCUUAAUUCGUGGAGGAAAGCCAACACCCGCCAUUGCAUUUUUGCUAGCUUUUGUCUUCUGCGCUUAUAAUGGAUACCUGCAGGGCCGGAGUUUGAGUAACUAUGCGGAAUACUCUUCAGAUUGGCCAACAGUACUGCGCUUCGUUCUAGGUUUUUCAGGGUGGCUAAGUGGCCUGCUGAUUAAUGUGCAUUCUGAUAAUAUUUUGAGGAAUCUCAGAAAACCAGGGGAAACGGGCUACAAGAUACCAAGAGGAGGAAUGUUUGAAUAUGUGACUGGAGCCAACUACUUUGGAGAGAUUCUUGAAUGGUGUGGAUUUGCUCUUGCAGCCUGUACCUUGGAAAGCGCUGCUUUUGCUGUUAGUACAUCCUUGAUAUUAGGAAGAAGGGCACAAAUGCAUCAUCACUGGUACCUCAACAAGUUUGAAGACUAUCCCCGCUCCAGGAAAAUUCUGAUUCCAUUUAUCUACUGAGCUCUUCCUCACAUUUCCUGCUGAUUCUGAGCAAUAGCUGCUGCUAUGACGAAUAAGAGAAGUUAAUGUUCAAUAAAUGUUGGCUAAACGGGGCCUCUGAAUACCCACCAGGGCACUUCUGGCAAUGCAAAUAUUGUGCUUAAUGAUGCAACAGGGACAUUUUCCAUUAUAAAGUAUUUUUGAAUUAUAGGUGCUAUACCGUAACUCUUUACGAGCUCGUUAUACCUCAACUUAAUGUUCUCUAAGUAACUUUCUUAACUUUCUCGAAGGAAAAGGCCCCUUACUAGGUUUCCAAAAGAUGCUGAAACCUUAACCUAGGUAAUUAUUAUAUACUUAUUAUUAUAUACUUCCGACUGCUUUUCUACUUUUAAGAAUUCCAGGCAGUUAACAGACUAAAUUAGAAAUAUAGGGUGGUUGUCAUUCUUGGAGCAGACCCACUGGAAUAAAUCGAUUUUUAUGUUCAUUGGUUUCAUUGGGUCUAUUCCAAGUGUCACUUAGUUCACCAUUAAUGAAAGACAAGGAGCAAAAAUAUACAAUACAAUACAAUACAAUACAAUACAAUACAAUACAA